AUGCCCCGGAGAAACUCCAUUACGGCCUCUCUGGACUCUACACAAUCGAGGCCAAUGCCAGCUAUCAAACUGAUUCCCGACCUCGAGCUCAGCAUUGGUCAUAAUGUCUCUAUCAUGUUCUUCAACUGUUGCAAAUUCGUCUGGACCUGUAUAACGUUUACAAUCUCUGUGGAGCUGAUCAAGUCCUUAACUUCCCGUCGAAUUAUACACCAGUCCGGCUUGAUAGAUGCAUUGAUGCUUCUGUUGGGGGUCCAGAGUUUUUGUAUUCUGGUGUUUAUCAUUUGGGGUCCAUGUUAUCUAUAUCUGGGUCAUUUAAAGGACGUGGGUUCAACCCUCAAGAUGCCAUUACUCACUUUUCGAUAUGUCCAAGAAGCGAAGAGUAGACAUGGAUUGACAACUUUGAUUGAAAAGAACAACAAGGACAAAGCAGAGGAUGAGAAUAAAGACAGGGCCAGGAACAGAAACAAGGUGGAGACGAGAGCGGGGGAUUGGGAUAACGAGGCAAUCGAGCUGUUCCAAUGUAAAGCUUCAGAUAGAGUACGUAAUUCAGCCAAGAAAAGAGAAGAGAAGAGAGAAGGAGAUAAAGGUACCAACCAUACUGCACAAGAGACCGCAGCCAGCUCACACAAUGUCGUUGUCUUCCAGGACCAAGUCAUGAGAUCCAUUGCGCAACAAGCACAUCUGACGAAUUUGAAGUACCCAAAUGUAGUGACUGAGGUUACUUUGGCAGUUUUUGUUCAUUUGGUGGCAAUGGCGUUUUUUUCAAUAUUCCCUAUCAGUAGUAUUCAUUCAUUUCAGCGAGGAGUCGAGGUUUUAAAUGAAAUGAUCUUGGCCAAUAGCACGAGCUAUAAGAAUCAUUUGCCGCUGCAGACAUUCUCGGAUAUAUGGGAUUGCAAAAAUAUCAAGUCAUUGCCCACGGAGAUGACGGACAUACUGGCAAACACUUCAGUGUGGAUCAAGGGCGAUAAUGCAUGUAGACUUCACCGAUUAGCUGUAGGACUCGGUAUCGUAGAUCUGCUAAUGAUCACAAUUGAAAGCAUUGUCUGUCUUUCAUGCCUCGUGGUGUUGAUUUGGUAUAACCCACGGAUUGUGGCCUGGCGUGCAAAGCGAAUUAGGAAACAGGCUCGAAAAACGUGCUCAGAUGAGGAAGUGGACGCAGCGCCGGCAACAACGAUGGAAGAUGCGAGCGACAAUGGCGUCGGUAUUGGCGCUAGUGUUGACAGGCGAUAUUAA